AUGCCCAGGAACUGCCAAACUGACAAGUUGCAAAGGACUGCAGAACAUCAAGGAUCAAGUAGCAUGAAGAGGAAUAACAAUCUUGCAUCUCUAUGGAAUGCUCAUGCUCAGAAACAGAAAGCACAAAAGGUGUCUUCUUCCACUCCAAAUCAACUAAUUAUUCAUGAUCAGCAAGUAGGACCUGAAAUUCCUUGUGAGGAAGAAAUACAUGAGACACAGGAGAUGGAAGAUCAAGAAGCAAGACCUGAAAAUCCUAAGCUUCUUGUUUGCAUGGCUGCUCUAAAUCCAGCUAAUUCAUUUGCUGCUUUUGAUAAAGAUAAACUUAUGAAACUUGCAAAGUUUUAUCCUCAAGAUUUUACAAGUACAGAUUUGGUCCAACUUUCUUCGCAGCUUAAUAUGUUUAUUGUUGAUGUGCGAAACAACACAAGGUUUCAACAAGUGAAGAAUCUUAAUGAGCUAUCUAUCAAACUAGUUGAGACAAAGAAGCAUGAUCGCUUUAAACAGGAUUAUUUAUUGCUGAAAUUGGUCCUCAUCCUUCCCGUAGCUACUGCAAGUGUUGAGAGGGUCUUUUCAGGAAUGAACUAUGUGAAGACCAAGCUUCGGAAUAAGAUGGGUGAUCAAUACUUAAAUGAUUGUUUGGUCACAUUUAUUGAGCGUGACUUUUUUCGACGUGUAAGCAAUGAAGAUAUCAUUAAACGCUUUCAAGCCAUGGCGGAACGGCGUGUGAAGCUUUAG